CUGACAUGAUGGCAGUACAAUUUGUAGGCUUACAUUAGACAUUAGCUAUUUUUACAUGGUUUUAGGUAGCCUACAUUUUUAAGCGCUACUGAACGAAGAGCGAUUUGGGAGCCAAAUGACCCUCUUUAUUAAAUGAAUGGAGCCAAAUGAACCGGCUCACUGAGAGUCGCUUCCGCCGUUAGUUGUUGCUAAGAUACGCUCCCAAUUUUCUAACCACAACAAGCAGCAAGCUUAGUAGUGGUGCGACGCAAAAACUUGUCAGUAAGGCUAAGUAUUUAGCUAGUAGUAUCUAUUAAAGUAGUAGUGACAUAUAAAUUACUUACCAAGUUAAUUAACGUUAUGUUAGCUAGCAAGCUAGUUAUUUGCUAAAGCUAGCCAGGCUCGGCUAAGUUAACAUAGCAACCACCUGUCAAGACUGAGCAUCAUGGAUCUUCACAUUCGCCAGUAUUUGACCAAGGCACGCCAACAAAAAGACACUGAUGCGCUGAAUGCAGCCUAUGACAUGAUCAGAGAGGGGACACCUGAAGAGACAGCGUCAGAUACGCGAUGCAUCUGCCCGGAGUUGUACGUUAUGUGCGCAGAACAAGCCCUACAGCUGGGAUGUGCAGAUAUCAGCCGAGACUGCCUAAUGAUGUACUUUGAAGUGAAACCCCCAGCCAAUCAAUUCCUGUGCCGAGCGUACCUCUGUCAGGGCCAGCUGGAGUCUCCACAGAGCUUUGGGAGUGUGGAGGAGAUUGAAAAGGCUGUGAUUUAUUUUCUGAAGGCUAUUGAGAUUUCAAAGAUCACACCAAGAUACCACUUUUUGGUGUUCAAUGCUUCAGUGCUCUACUUCCAGAUGGUCCGCCCGCUCCUGCGGUCCGGGCCACGCCAGCACCUGGUGCCCACCCUCACUCAGGUGGUCAAGGCACUGGAGGAGGUUGAGGAACAAGACUACAGUUGGAGGGCUCAGCUCAUGCUACACCUUGUCGAAUGCCUUGUGGAUGCUGGGAAAGGGAAAGAAGCUUCUAGUUUUGCCAAGGCCACCUCAGACUUCAUAGAGUCACAUAUCCCUGACCUGUAUCCAAAGAUAUUUUCCCUACAGGUACGACACAAGCUGUUUGACUUCACUAAAACCCCCCAAAAAACUGAAGCAAGUCCUGUUUUAUCAGUCAUCUACAAAAUGCAGAAGCUCAAACAUAAGGUUGAUGACGUUUGCGAGGCCAGAAAAGAGGACGCUGCCAGGAUUAAUGAGAUUUUCCGGAUCCUUAUGCAUUCUGCUGCAGCCCAAUCCCCUGUUAUAGCUCGUGGCUCCAGCCCUUGUCUUGCUGAGAGCCCCUCACCCAUCCCUCCAGCUGACAGAGUUGCCUUCCUCCUGGAGCUAGCCUUUCUGGCCUUGCAGUUGAAACAUCACCAGAUGGCAGCGGACUGUCUGAGAGAGCUGAAGACAGCGGGAGUCACUAGUGUUGGCCAGUGCAUCAUGAUGGAGUGUGUCCAGUGUGACCUGGACCUCCAGAAGAAGCAGGAGGGGGGGAUGAAGGACUACUCCAAAGCCAAUGUGGAGGCCCAGCUGAAGGUGAUAGGCAGACUGGACAAGGUGCUGCAGAGUGCAGUAAGAGAGGGGGAUGCCAAGGUGAUGCAGGCGGUGUGUGCCUCACAGUGGAACACCUGUCUGCCCCUCCUUCAGCACAACCUCAGGAGGAAUGUCAAGGGGGCGCUCCUCAAAGUGGCCCAAGUCCUGGAGGACACAUACAGUGUGCAGCUGGAGAUGCGCUGUCAGGUCCACAGUGAGCUGGCAGUGAUCGAGGAGGAGGAAGGGAGGCUGGAGCCCGCUCUGCUCCACCUCCAGAGGGCACUGCUGCUGGACGAGAGGGGGGUGCACCACGAGCGGCUCACCUCAGCCCUUAACCUUUUGCAGCUUCGCGGCACCCUAUAUCAGACCCCCAGCAGCACAGAGGACAAGGCUGCCAUGCUCAUCCAGCAGGCUAAGAAUGGUCAGCCACAGGAGGAGGUGAGAAAAAGACGGCCCAUGCUGGUCAACGCAGGCCUCACCCUGGCCCCCGACGCUUUCCAGGUGGUGCUCGACGCAGAAAGCACUGCAAAAAUCCCCUCAGGUACCAGUGGACUUGGCGGUGUGGCUCAUCUCUCUGCUAAGGCUCAGCACCACUCUGCAUGUGUUGAGAAGGUACAGGGACACCUGACCAGACAGGGAGCUGGCAAGAAUGACAGGGAGAGGGUGAAAUUGUGGGCAGCCUUGGCAAAGACAGCUAGGAAGCAGGAGGUUUGGGAUGUGUGUCGAGCUGCCUGUCGUUUCUGUCUGCUCUACGACGAUGGACGAUGGAAAGCUCCUAAAUCAGACUGUGAGCACAAGGCGGGGGACGAGAGCCCGGUGGAGAGUGGACUCCAUGGUGACCGGCGUCCAUCAGCAGGGCGACUGGCCCAGAGUGCGGAGAAGGACCUGCUCCGUCUGCUGGCUGAAGUCUGCUUCAUCAAUGCUGAGGCCACCAUACACAAGCUCCGCUCUGAGGGGGUACAGCUCAACACCCCAGCCGCCCCUCCAGAGGAGAGAGGACUCCGCCUCUCUGAGGACAAUCCACAGUGGGCUGUCUACAGAGAUUGGAUCCAGGACUUAUCUGCCUACGCCACCUCCAACUUCCUGCGGGCAGCCGAGCUGGGAGCAGAGAUUCGCGAGGCCUGGGUGGUGGUCAACGCAGCCGUGUACUUAUGGAACUACAACAGCCACCUGGUGGCAGCUGGGGAGCACCGACGCCUCCUGCCCACCUUCCAGAGAGCCGUGGAGCUGCUGAGACAGACCGGACACGCUGGGGAGCCGGUGUUGUUGGUUAUGCUAUGUGAUGCGGUGUCCCAGGGGCUGAUCCAGCCCUGGUCUGUGUCGGCUGCUGGGCCGGGAACUGGCCAGGGAAGGGAGGACAGCGGAGGCAGGGGGGAGCUGAGGAAGAAAGGAGCCGGGAAGGGAGCCGAGAGGACAGGCAGCAUCCACAGCCUCCCCCUCGACCAUGCGGCCCUCCAGGACAUACGGAAGGCUCUGGAGCUGUGUGACUAUGCACUGCACCUGUCUAAUGGCAAUGUGCCGGGAGAGAGCGUCCCUAUCGCAGCGAGGAAGCAGGUAAUUUCUACGUGGGUGUGGACCAAGAGGCUCCUCCAGCAGCAGAUUGGACAGAAGCUGGACAUUGAUGAUGAGUGUAAGAAUGAGGCAGUGUCAGCCAUGACACGUGUGUUGGUAGGAGUGGAAAUGCUGUUAUGCAACAGUCACCCCAGGCAGAUAGAGUUCUCUGUCCCUAGUCUCUCUACGCUGGUCCGCAUGGCGUCAGACUGCAAGUGGAGUGACCCUGUGGUCGAGCUGCAGGUGUGGACACACCUGGCUUGCUUCUCUCACCAGGCCCAGGACCACAACCUGGUCAUGACCUGCAGCCACAAUGCACUGCAGCUGGAGGCCGCUGCAGCUCAGAGGUUGAAGGUCAUGGCCUAUGCUCUUUACAGCCGGUCGGCCGUGCAGGAGAUGUUGAGCAAUGCUGCAUGUCUAAGAGGAGUGAGCAUGGUCCACAAGUCAAAUGGACAUCCUCACAGUUACAGAGAAGCCUUGCAGAUGCUCCAGUCCAGUGUCAGCUAUGCGGAGCGGGCAGGUAACUCUGUCCUGUGUAUGGCUACAGCGCGCCACUACUGGAACAACUGCCUGCCCUUGACUGAGACCUCACUGGAGAGACAGCAGCUCCGACAGCCUCUAGAGAAGAUCCUGAAAGCCCUGGUCCACACCAGCAAGAAAGACCCAACUCAGGGGGAAGAGAAGGGAGGGGCCUCCCUGACUGUGAUGCCCUCUGUGACCUCAUCGCUGGAAGCCUCAAGCAUGGGGAGCCCUGAGGAUGACCUGACCCUGAGAGCAGCCAUGUACAGCCUGCUGUUCCACAUCCACGCAGACAGCUCAGAUUGGACAGGAGCUCUGACAUUGCUGGAGCAGGCUAUCAGAGACAUGCCCCGCACCAGACACAGGCUGCUCCUGUUCAAGCACCGGGUGCUGGUGAAGGCUCGGCUGGGGGAGAGUGUGGUGAUAGACAUGCAGAAGUUCCGGGAUGAAGGGGAGCUCUACUGCUCCCACAUGUGGCACCGAGUGGCGCUGUGUUCUGGGGAGAUGCUACAGCAGUUGGCCUGCUACCAGAAUUCCAUUACUUCUUUACUGAGUGUGAAGAGUCAGUGGCAGAAGGCGGAUUUCCUGUUGGAGUUUGGAGAGUGGCUGUACUGUCAGAACUUUCCCCUUGCUGAUGCCCAGCACCAGAUACAGUGGGCUAUCGACAUCCUCCUGCACAUGAUCACUGACCAGGAAGAGAGCAAUGAGAAGACCUGUUCCAAGGGAAGCAAACUGAAUGAACUGGAGAGGAGAGAAAAUUCCCAAGGAGAUGAGUCAGGAGAAGGGACAGGGCUGAUACCAGUGAAGGUUCAGUCCCACAUCGGGGUGCAGGGGGCCCUGUCUGGGCCCUGUCUCUCUGACCUCAGGGAGGUGAGGUGUCUGGACAGCCUGGUCAGAGCAUACACUCUGCUGGCUGCCAUGGGGGACAGGGCAUCCCCCCAGCACCAACAGAACCUACUCAGGGCCUAUAGCCUAGUGCUGCAGAUCUGGCAGGUGUCCAUGGCAACUGCACGUGAGGUAAUCAGGGAGAUGAAGAAUCCUCUAAUCCCACCGUCCCGGCCAUGUCCCUCUGCAACAGCCAAAAAAGACAAAGAUAAGGAGAAGGACAAAGGCAAAAAAUCUAAAGAGCCACCCCCUACUGAGGAGAAGCCCAAAGCCCGGAGGCCACAGGAUGACGUGUUGCCCUCCAGCCCAGAGGAGUGGGCACAGUACGACUGUCCCGAGGAUGUCCGCCAGGCCUUCAGAUAUGACACCAGCCCCCACUGCAUCAACAGACACAGCCUCAGCAAACAGACUCAGAGCUUGUUCUUCCUGGACCUGCUGGUGAAAGAGCUGCAGUCUCUUUCACUCACCCACCUGACUCUUCCCAUACUGCACCUGGCGGAGGUCAUUGCCCAUGACCUGCUGGACAGAAGGAGCCUCUCUGACCUCUACCGUCUCAGAAUUGUGAGGAGCUGUUCUCAGCUGGAUAUGGAGACGUCUACAGUGUACCACAAGAAGCUCCUGAGCCUGACUGGUAUCCAUGAGCAGGAACAAAUGGAGUGUCGGAAAGCUAUAGCUUUACAAAGAGAGAGAAACAGCCUGUAUAUGGAUUAUAAUGGCAAAACGGACAAUGAGAAGUCUAAGGUUGACAACAUCUGUCUGUCUGGAAAGCAGUGUGGGGAUCUGUGGAGUCAGGAUAUCUGGCUUGAUAAGGCUGAGAUAUGCCUUGGUAUGGGACUGUACCAACCCGCCAGACAGCUACUGGCAGAGGCCCAUCUGGUGGCUAAGGAGCUGGGAGAUCAGGCUGCAGCAGGGAGGAGUCUGCUCUCUCUUGCCACCCUGGCCAAUAAGGAACAGAACCACUCUCAGGCCUUGGCACUGCUGGAGAAAGCCCAAGACAUGGGAGGUGAUGAGGACUUCUGGUACAAGCUCACCCUGGCCCUGCUGACAGCUACGGUGACCCAGAGGGGCCAGGAUACAGACACCAAGACAGAUCAAAUAGUAAAGCAAGGCUGUGGAGCCCUGAAAUCGAUGCUGGAAAAGAGGCGGAACCGAGCUCCCGUGCUCAGGUUCCUGAUCACGUCUCUGGAGAGCAGAGGGGCGGUGGAGCGUCUACAUGCAGCCAGCCCUGUCGAGCCAGGUGAGGCUCUGUCCACCCAGUCAGUACAGAAUCUCAUGACUGCCUGUGACUCCCUGAGAGCGAGCACCAGUGAGUUCCUCCGACUGGGCCACAGAGAGCAAGCUGCUGAAGCUCUCCUGGAGCACGCACAGGCAUUGAGGAUACUGGCUAAACACACUGACAAUGAGGGAAAACUGCGCCACCUGCUGGAUGCCUACUCCUUCAUGCAGCAGGCCGUCUCCGUACAGGAACAUGUGGUUCUGAACGCCCAAAGCCUGUUCCCAUCACAAGAGUGUCAGCCCUUGUCUCUUCCAGCCACGAGGAGGUUGUUGCAGGUCAGACUGGCUCUGGCUGAGCUGUCCUUAGCCAUGCUGGAACAGGUGUGUGCUGAGGAGAACAGACUAGCCGUGGCCCAGGACAGGAAAGCCUCUGUGGAGAGAACCGUGGAGGAGUUUGUACGCAUUACACCAGACCUCGGCUCUGUAGAGCAGGAGUGGAUAACUACAGGGAGGACCCUGGGGCAGGUAGCUUUGAGCCAGCUGGCCACGGUCAACUUCAUGUCCCUUGACUGUGUGGAGACCAGAGCCAGCUCUCUGAGCCUGAUGGGGAAGUGCCUGAGGCUGCUAGCCAUGCAGAGAGACCCGCUCUACCCCUUCACCCUCUGGGAUGGACACAACCUGGAGGAGGACCGGUCAGAGUCUAAAGCCAGCCCUAAGGAGGAGGAGGAGUUAACCGGAGAGAAUGGCCUAGAGUCAAGCAGAACGGAGCCCAGACAGUAUGCAGCCAAAUAUGCUGAGUUACAGAGAAGAAGACGUUCUGCCCAGCAACUUCUGGCUCAGGCCAGUGAGACUUUAGCACAGGCCGUCAGCCUCUCCCUCCAACACAAACUCCCCAGCUCCAUCCUCUCAGAAGCCUGCCUCAAUAUGCUGGAGUGUCACGGCCAGUUUGACCCAUGUGCCACUGGUCAAUACCUGGCCCUGCUCCAGAGCUGCUCCUGCACGGCUAUGAUGGCUGACAUUCUAAGAUCUGCUUGCACUGACACUCGUGUGUCCCAGCUCUCUGCGCUACUCAACCUACACAGCAACCUGCUCCCUUCACAGGAGGAGACCCCCACUAGUCUGCUGAAGGGAGUGGAGGACUCACUCAAUGGCCUCUCCAAGACCUACAGCCACCUGACCAUCAACCCAAGUCACCUGAGUCUCCUGGGAGAGCUGCCCUCUAACCUGAAAAUCCUGCUGCUUCAGCACACACAAGACAGGUCAACUCUCUAUGGAGCUUUCUAUGAGAGGAGCAAACUUACAGAGAGUCAGAGAGGAAAGGCCAUGCAGGUUUCUGGUAUGCUGGUCUGUACCAGGGUCGCCAAGGUUGCUGUCCAGCCCAGGGCUCUGCUUGAUCUCCGGAACAGAACACAAGCCUUCAAACGCGAGACCAAACACAACUUGUUGAAAGAGGCGCAUUGGCUUGGCAAUGAGGGCAGGGCGGGGAGCGAGCGUCACGUUCACCUAAAAUCGAACUCAGAAGAGAAAUUGGAAUCUCAUUUCAAAGCCAUUGUACAAGAAAUGGAGGACUAUUUGUGUCCAAUCCUCUCUCAGUUUGACUUCUCAUGCUUCAGACACCAGACGCCAUCAAUUUCCAUCCCGGAGUCCAUCCGGCCCAAAGAAAAGGAGGAGAAAGCAGGCCCAGAUAAAGGUCUAGCGGUGGGGUCUCCUGCAGAGCUCGGGGAGUAUGUCGUGCUCCUGGCUGACUGGAUGCUCAUGGAACUACCUCUGGAAGCGUUGGCAAUCCUGCAAGAAGAGGGGCUGAGCUCUGUAUCUCGUGACUUCUCACUGCAGCUCCUCCACACUCGCCUGCAGAGAGAGGAACCAGCAGUUGAAAGUGACAACAAAAAGGAGACCAAAGGUGGAAAGGGAGCCAAGGGGAAGGUAGAUCAAAGCAAAGCCAUCAAAAUGGUGCCGGUCAAUCGUGUCUUGCCCCCCAACACCCUCCCAGUAGACACACACAACUUCAAAUAUAUCAUAGACCCUUACAACGAAGAGGAAUAUGAAGGCAGCAGCCUGACAGAGAGGAUGAAGAGGACUUUGGAGGCAUACAGCCAGCAGUUCACCCCACUGUGGGAGGGCUUUUUGGGGAGUGAACGCACUCCCAGUCUCGCAGAGCUGGAGCAGCUGCUGACAAACUGCAGUGCUUUCAUCUUCCAUGGAAUGGAGCGCUUUCUCGCUAACAUCCCACCAUCCAAGCUGGCUGCCCUCAACCUUUCUGAGUGCCAGAUGGCUGUCCUUUUCGACCUCGUCCAGAACAGUGCCAGCAUGCUACGGCAAUCCAAGCUAGAUGUGCAAAAGAGUGAUGGGCACCUGGCCCUGGAGAGGCCCCUGGAGACAGCCCUGCUACUCACUCUGAGUGGCGUCCGUUGUGUUUUGCUCAACCAGUGGCACAGCAGCCCCCAAAGGAACAUAAAUAACAUGGACUCCGUCAUGGAGAAUCUCCUGAGGGUGGGCCUGACCUCUGGCCAGACUGUCCAUGCACUGAGGAAGGGAGAAGUCCAGAGGACAGAGAAAGAGACAAACACUGCAGGAUCAGAUGAUACCAUAUGCCAUGAGGAUUCGGUAAAUAGAGAUGGGAAUGCUCAUGAUGCUCAACCAAGACUGACCACUUCACCAUCAGCCUUCAAUUGUGUCAUCUAUGGACUGCCUAACUUAGUUAUUACAUGAUCCACUUCAGUCCCUCGUAACAUUCCUUCAAAUUUAAGGAUAUUCAUAAAAUUGUUUUAUUAAAGAUAAACAUCAACACAAUGUCAUCUAAUAACACAGUUAUUCCUAAGGCUGUACAAUUACAAACAGAUCCCAAAAAUGCAUUAGCUGUUUCUCUAAGAGACAGUUCACCAUUCAUUGCUUGGCUUCAGUGAAUAAAUAAAUAUAUUGUUUGCCUCCA